CAUUCCAAAACGGUCACUCUGAGGUCUGACUUUGACGCCUCAGCCGCCAUUCGUUAAUAAAGUGAAAUCCUUAAAAAGCGCGCAUUAAACCGGUGUAAUAGUCGUUCAAGAAGUUGAAAAAAAUCUCCAGAUUCCAAAGUUCAUAAAAGACAUACCCCGCAAAAGUGCUUUAGAGGGUACAAACAACUUAAGCAACCGGCGUUUCUCAAAGCGGCAAUAAUUGCAUCAGUGUGUGGGUGCUUCGCCAAAAAAAAAGAAACCAAGUCAAGAUUUUGGAUUGUUAAUUAUAAAGAGGUGCUAAGAAAGAGGGCGUGAAGUUUUCGACUUGGCUGGCGUCCACUCACCCACAAGCACACACACAUACGCACAUAUAUACACACGCGCAAGCCGCUUCUACUGACCGAAGAGAAGAAGAAAGCGAAGAAAGGGGAAGAACGGAGACAGAAGACCGCAGAAAUCGGCAAGUAAACGAAAGGAGGAAGAAAGCCAUGGCCGAACCAAGGACGCCCGAGAAGCUGCUGGCCGCCAAGCCGCCAGUGUUCCACCACAACAGCCAUAGUCCCAAUGCCUCGCUGCAGCUGCCCAGUCCCAUCAUCACGAGGCGCACCCGCACGGCCUCGACCUCCGCUCGGGCCCUGGAAAAUCCGGUUGUGACCGGUAUUGUGAAAUCCUUCAGCCGCACCAAAGGACACGGCUUCAUUACACCCCAUGCCGGCGGAGAGGACGUUUUCUGCCACGUUUCCGACAUCGAAGGCGAAUAUGUGCCCAUGCCCGGGGACGAGGUCAAAUACCGUCUGUGCGCCAUUCCGCCCAAGUAUGAGAAGCACCAGGCAGUGCACGUGCAGAUUAGCAACCUGACGCCAGAGGUGCACCACAAGUGGGAGGAGCCAUUCUAUGGUGGCUCCUCGCCCGCCAAGUAAAGUUGGAGCUCGAGGCCCUGGGAGUGGCGGAGUUCGGGAGCGGAAAAGGGAAAAGUGUGUUGUUAAAAGCUGAACGGCCUUCCAAGAAAUUUAAUUGAGCUAGAGCACGCCACCCGAGAUGAACGAAAAGGGAAACCGGAACAGAACAAUAACCAUGAAAGCAAAUGAAAGCACAGCAAUCGAAGCAGCCAGGAAAAAUCCGACACCAGACCAGAACGUAAUAGAACAGAACAACAGGCCUGCCAUCCAGCCAGCGAGCAGCAUCACCAGAGUUUCAAUUGAACACUUAAUUAGAAUUUAAGCUAAGCUAUGAAAGUCAAACAAAACACAGUCACAAAUAUUGCCUUUUCCUCUGGAAGAGGGGAGAGCAACCGCAACCAGUUUCGAGUAUAUUAUUGAAAACGUAUGUAUUUGGAAAUUGAAAUUGUUAUUCGAGAAACCAAUAGCGACGCGCCCGCGAUGCUGUGGUGCCUGUAUCAGUAAUUACUUUUAAUUAUAAAAAACAUCUGAAUGUGUUCGCCAAGCAAACAAGCUAAAUGCUCUCAGUAAUUCACUUUAUUAUUAAAACAGCUGCAAAACAA